CACAGACUCUCACAGCGCCGGGCUCUGCUACCAGCCUGCAGUGGCUCCACAAGUAGGGACGGUUUACAAUCAAAUUAAAUCAAAUUAAGGCGUUUGUAGCGAGGGGACAGACAGAGACGGCUGCUGCUCCUCGGAUACACAGGCGGCGCACUUAACCGAGCAAAGGCUGCCAGAGGAGGCGAUUCACUCAUCCACCUGACUCAGAUCUCCAGUCCGGAUUUCAGGACAGUUGUCGAGCUAAUUCCACCAGGAAAAUGUCUGCCCCAGCUGGAGCCCCCGCACCAGAGGGAGGGAAUCAGCCCCCCAACCUCACCAGCAACCGCCGUCUGCAGCAGACACAGGCACAAGUGGAUGAGGUGGUGGACAUCAUGCGUGUAAACGUGGAUAAGGUUCUGGAGCGUGAUCAGAAGCUGUCAGAGCUGGACGAUAGGGCCGACGCCCUGCAGGCUGGAGCCUCUCAGUUUGAGACCAGCGCUGCCAAACUGAAGAAUAAAUACUGGUGGAAGAAUGCCAAGAUGAUGAUUAUCCUGGGUGUGAUAUGUGUGAUUGUCCUCAUUGUCAUUAUUGUGUACUUCAGUACCUAAGAAGAAUUGCUCCUACCCCAGUCUGAUCCCAACUUCCUUGCUACAGAAAAGAAAAAGCCUCUAAUUGAUGACAAAUUUAACCACAGAUAAUUAAUUUGUUCCAUGUACGUAUACCUCCCCAGUUAGCCUCGAUAUAACACCCCUCAACCCCUUCAGGUCCCCGUGCCCCCCCCCACUUCCGACCACCCCGCCUCUGGACCCCUGUCAAUAUUUGUCCUGUGAGUGUGUGGCCCCGUCUCCUUUCUGGGUACUCUUGGCUUUUCUAACCUGCCAUACCGAGAACCAAACACUUGUGACGAUGCAACAACAGAAAAGGAAACAACAAUUGGCGAUAAUUGUUACAUAACUGAUAUAUAUAGUUCUUUGUAGAGUUUUAUUCUGAUAUAUAUAUACUGUUUUGUAGGUGUGUGUGCGCGUGUGUGUAUGUAUGCAUUUUGUACUUUUUAUUUUUUGUAUUAAUUUGACGUAUGCUUCAGCGUUAACUACUGCCUAUUAAUGGAAGUGUGGAUCAUGCAUGUCUUCAUCAUCUGUCACUCCCUGGCUUAUUCUGCCUCUCUUUGGUGUGGAUUUUGCACAACUGAUGGUUGAUUUUCUUCAGUCGGCAUUUACUCUUUAAAAAAAAAGAAGCCCAAAAUAAGCCAGAGAGUUAAAACUUCUACCAAUCAAUCGUGCUUUUUAGCUUACAGAAGUCGAGUCUAACACGCAGAAAAACACUGGGCUUCUCCGUGUCCAGCUGCAGGUUUCUGGAAACUCGACGCCCUCAGAAAGAAAAAGGAAGUUUUAUUUUCUACUGGCGUGGCUUUUUGAGAGUGAAUGCUCGCUAACGUUGGUCAAACCUAAAAACAAUGCAUGACUCGUGAAACUAACCUCCGGUGAUCAUCCCGUCCCGCCCCGUUCAUUUGAUCCCUCCAUUAUCUGAGUGUGAUUUCUCUUUCGGCGCCUCUCUCUUUAAUAAGUAUCAUCUGAAGUGUCUUUAUAAAGCCCUGUCCGUCCUCUUGUCUCUCGGCAUGCUUGGGCACCUCAGUUUCCUCUGAUAAUUUCAACUGCCAUAGUACAGCUGGACCAAUGUCUGUAGAUGUUUCUUUUUUUAUUUCAAUAUUACGUAGUGUCUUAUUUCGAAAACAUUCCUUCAUUGCAGUCUAGUGCAGAUGCUCUUACUGUAGCACAUUAAGUGUAAGUACCUUAAAAGAAAUACAUACAAUGAAACUUGAUUUUGAAACAUAGGUCCUGGAAACCAUUGAAGAGCGAAUAAGAAAAGGCGGGAUGAGGUUUCAAUCGGUCCGAAUAUUUUCUUUUUUCUAAUAUGAGUGAUGUUACCUUAACGCUACACUUACAGAACUGUGUAGGUGCGUUCGCGUGCUUGGAAAUCGCCUCGGAUUUCUGGGUAUUGAACAGUUCCAGUGCGUAAAAAUUCACGAUUGAUAAGUGUUCAUGAAGCAAAGGUGAACCGGAUCGAUUCCACGCGGACGCUGAAAGCCUUAGUCCUCGGUCGCUUUCGGUCACCCUCCUCCUCCUCGCCGGGGGAGUGGCCGACUGCGGGAAAAGGCGUCUGUUUUCAAAUGCACAAGCAACCUUGUUUUUGAUGGCGCCGUCCGGCUCCUCCGUGGCCUCCGUGGAAACGCUGCAGCGGCAGAACCUCUCCCCCGCCAAGAGCACAUUUCAAAACAAACAAAAAAAAGGGACAAUUCAGCCUUCGCUGAUGUAGGAACAAGGGACAGAGGUUAACGAGGCGAAUUUAGAAAAUGUAAAGUCCGCGAUAGCCGCCAGAAACAUGGGAAGCAGUCGCUCAAAAUACAAAUCGUAGCAUUCCUGAGAAGAGUGUUUCGCUUAGCGCACUGGUUCCGUCUCAGUGGUUCUCCCUAGAGUUAAGGCCUUUUUCUUUUCUUUUUUAAAUAUAAUAGAUUCUAUUUUUUAUUAUAGUAUAUUUUUGUGUGGAGCAGACGGGUAAAGAGGAGGCGUGUGAUCCGUACCGCUUGCUGCCGACACCGGUGAGCUCCUCUUUACCUCCGUCUGGCGUGUUUUUUGUAUUUCAGCUCUGUGCGUUGUACACUGCCAAGCAUCAAGAAACUUCUUUUCUUAUUGCAGUUCUUUCUUUCGCUGGUGCCCUCACUGGUUCGGUCUUGAACUACUUCCAGACUUUUAUUGGCAUGCAUUUGUGCGUAUAUGAACCUUUAUGACCUAUUCGUGAUGGACGAGCCGGGCAACACGAGGACUUUACACCGGGUCAGAACGAGGUCUGGCAGGGCAUGAUUCGGAACUUUUCUUACAGCUUCAGAAGUGUUUUUUUUUUAACUAAAAAUCAGCAAGAGAAUCAGAAUUGAGGCUCAGUUUGAUGUUCAUGCAAGGAUUUUUAGACCUGUAUUAACCCAGGGGCUGCCUCAGGUGGAGGAGAUUAGAUUAUUGGUGUCUUGCUCAUGUGUGAGGGUAGGAUGGAGCAGGACAGAGGACCAAACCCAGUACCGGUGUGUUGUGGUGAAGAGAGUUUAGCCGAAAGGUGAGACUCUUUACCGGUCGACCUUCGUUCCUACCCUCACGUGUGAUCAUGAGCCGUGGGGAAGUGACUAAAAGAAUAAAAUCACAGCUAAAAUAAGUUAAGGGUGACUGGACUCUCCUUUUGAAAGAGGGUGAGGAGUUCAGGCAUCCGGGAGAGUCGCUGCUUUAUCGCUGACAUUAUCAUCAUGUACAUCAGUAUUUCUUUUCCGACUCUCACCGUUAGACGUGUCUUGGAGAUUUUGAUCCGAACUGUGUUUUGCUAAAGGCCCACGUUGGUCAGGUCAUCAUGGGUUAAGAACAGGAAGCUCCUGCUUGACUGGCCUCGAUAUGCCUGAAACGUAUAAAUUCAGUUUUAAACCUCGCGGGAGGAGCCAGAACUCUUUCAGACGACUGUGUGUAAAGCCCUCGUGACCCCAUCUCUGCCAUCUCCCCCACCAGCUGAGUCGACCGACCCGGAGUUCACCGAACUCGCUCGUAAAACCUCCUUCUGUAUGGGUUUGUUUGUGUGUGUGUAAGCACGCGUGUGUGUGUAUGUGUGUGCGUGUGUUAGAAUAUCCCCAGUUUAUCCUGACAGAUUAGGCCGCUUAAAUCUCCGAGUGAGGGCACGUCUUUUCCCUGACCAAUGAAGUGCACAAGCGGAGAGGUUGCAGAUCUGUCAGCCGGCCCCGUUAGGAAAGACCCCAGCAGGCGUAUAAUAUGCCGCGCUUUCCCGCAGAGCAAAAAGGGAGACAGCUGACAAUUACCAAAGACCAGAUUUCCGUGCUUACGCUGCCAAUUGCCAUCAGAAACAAGUGGACAGGAACAGGCUAUCUGGACCGUCCCAGUCGGCUUGAAAUAGCUCACACCCUUCCUCUUAUCUUUCGGACUUUUUCGCCGUCACACCCCCUCCGUGGUGUACGGCGCGUCGGUUUGGCUCGUGUGUGUGCCGUCCAUCCUAACAUAUGCAAGUCCGACCAAAACUCGAGGGCCGCAUGCUUCAAAUCUCGUACUCCAGCCUCUCCUACCAUGUGCAUCAAGGUCUGAGGAGCGUCUUUAAUCCGUACUGAGUUUGUAGACACAUGAUCCUGUAACUAAUUAUAGCACAAGUCUUCUCUUUCGCUGUGUCUCCAUUGUGCUCAGAAGACGUAACUAUAGCUAUUAGACGAAACCAAGGAAGAGGUUAUAAAAGACAAAAAAGAAGAAGAAAUUGCAUUGUUCGGUGUUGUAUUAUGGGGGUGUUUUUGGGGGGUAGGGGGUCCUAUAUCCUCAGGUUUAAGGCAUUUGCAAUUUACCAAAAUAUAUGAGGACAAAAAUAUUUCAGUAAAGUUUAAAAUUGGACUCCUUUGGCAACGGAAAGUGAGUAUACGGUUACAAAGGUGGUCCUUGAAGCCAUUUUUGCAGGACUUCACCACAGUGGACUGAAGUGAGAGAACACUACUGAUUGGGGUAGGACUUCUGUGUAAUCCAUAAAUCCAGCUGUUGUCCUGUGAGCGCUCCGCCAGCGUGGUCACUUGAUCGAGAAUGAAGUGAGCGCUCUCUCUUUCUGUUUCUUCGUUGUGCGUCUGAAACCAAGUGCGCGUAUAUUUUAACACCGCGGCACUUUCUUCUGUUGUGUUUCCUUCAUUUCGGUGGGACGAUCGAGUGGAGAAAAAAGUCAUCUUCUGCCAACCUCAGGAGCUUUUCAGUGAUCUCAACGCGGCGUUCGGCUCAUUUCAGGGGCAAAGCGCUCGUCAGACCUUCUUGGGAGGGUUUGAUGGGAGUUCGUCCAAAUGAGGCGAACGCAGCAACAGGAGGGAACCUUUCGAGUCACUGAAUCUUCUCCGGGUGGCUCAGGAUGCACUAUAUUCAACGUAACACAUGUUAACAUGAUUUAUUUUUGAACCAAAUGUUGUGUUUUUAUUUGCAUUGGUUUGGCAACGACUCCAGAUGUCACUGAAUUGUUUGUUUCAGCACUGAUGGGUAACGGCAGAGAAGAUGGGAAGUGAAACGGCGGAUAGAAGUAUUUUUACUGUCACUUGUCCAGAACGCUCCGAACGGUUCCACAGUUUACAUCAGAUCGCCGUUUCUAUCUACAAGAUAUAUAUAUUUUUUUGUUUGAAUCCGUUUCUUUUUGAAGGAGGGAUUUCCGGUUUGGGAGCCGGGGUUUCUGGGACGGAGGUGCACGUUUCCCCUGCUCGUCCAGCCUCACAGGAGGGACGCGACUGGAGGAUCACGGGCAACGUGCUCGCUUCCCCUUUUCUUUUUUUUUGCUUUUCUUUUCUUUUUUUUGCGUUUAUUUAUUGAUAGAUUUAUUGUGCUGUCCUUUGGUAUGGGAUUAGAAAUUAAACCAUGUUGAUUCAAUGUAAAGGAGAGGAGACCGAAUGAAAAAGUACAUGAAAUAAUUGUAGUGUAAAUCUAUCAAUGUCUUAUUAUAUUGAUGAACAUCAUGAAAUAUAUGUAUAUUGGAAAACCAGUA